CAUUGCUACAUAUAUAUUAAUGGAAGUGGGUGGAAACAUUCCUUCUGAAGAGGUUUGGGUGGCAGUGGAAAUCUAAGAGUCAACAGGAUCUGAGAAAGUUUGCAAUUCUUCGUGGGCUUUGCCAUAAGGUUGGACUUGAGCUUGUCCCCAGGGAUUAUGAUAUGGACUCUGCAACCCCCUUCAAGAAGUCAGAUAUUAUAAGCAUGGUCCCCGUAUACAAGCAUGUUGCAUGUUCAUCUGCGGAUGGUUGUACAUUGUUGGAAUCAUCCAAGAUUUCCUUGGAUAAGGGAAAAUUGGAGGAUGCUGUCAAUCAUGGCACUAAGGCACUCUCAAAGCUUGUGUCAGUCUGUGGCCCUUAUCAUCGUAUGACAGCAGGCGCAUAUAGUCUUUUGGCUGUAGUGCUCUACCAUACUGGGGAUUUUAAUCAGGUAUUUGUCUAACUUGUAUAAUUUUGUGAUCACUGAACUGGUGACAUGCUUA